CGAAGUUACUGAAGUCUGAAACACAGCUUUUUUUUUUUUUUUUGGAUGUAGAACUGAAACACAGCUUAGUGCUGAGUGAGAGAGUGUGUGAUUCAAAAGCAAAACCCUUUUAUUAAAGAAUCCAUAGACUCUGUCUUUGGUCUUUUUUUUUUUCUUCUGUCUUGAGAAUCUUUGUGGGUUUGUUGACUCAUAAAUUCAAGACUCUGUCAUUUUCCUUCUGUUUUUCUUAGUCUUGAAUUAUGGGCCAAAAUCUUGAAGCCAUGAACAAACCACGCCCUAGAGCAGAGUUGCUCUAUGAACUGGUCAGCACUGGAAACGUCGUAGCCAUUAAAGCUCUUUGCGAAGAAGGUGUUAGCCUUGAGUGGGCUGAUAGAGAAGGAAAGACCCCCCUCAUUGUGGCGUGCAUGAAUCGCGAAUUGUUUGAUGUUGCCAAAACUCUGAUUGAAUUGGGUGCCAAUAUCAAUGCUUACAGUCCUGGGCGUCAUGCGGGUACUCCUUUACAUCAUGCAGCAAAAAGAGGCUUGGCACAGUCUGUUAAGUUACUUCUUUCCCAUGGAGCAAAUGCUCUGGUGAGGGACGAUGAUUCUCAAACUCCACUUGAUGUUGCUAGAAUAAAUGGGCAUGCCAGUGUUGUUCGUGAGAUUGAGAAAAGUAUUUGCUAUUUCUCUGGCUGGCUGCGGGAAUUUUAUGGUCCAGGCUUUCUUGAAGCAUUAACGCCCCAACUGUUAUCAAGAGAAAUUUGGGUUGUUGUUAUACCUUGGGGUUCCAGUAAUUCUACAACGCCUCGCAAAAUGGAGCUCUUCAUUUAUCCUGAUUUGCAGAAAGCACGGCCUCGUACAGUUAUUGCUCUUUGGAAGGCCAAAAUUGAGGAACCCAAGUUUCAGCAAAAGGAUCCAGCAGUCAUUAUAUUUGACCAGCCUACUAGAACUCGGAAUAUGCUUACAUCUCCCCUUGAGGGUGAUAAACAGCAACUUCAACAACUUUAUAAUGCAUGCAUGGGAAUUCCUCAGGUUACGCCUCCCCCAGUGCCUACCCAAACCUCAACUCUAGAAGCUGCACCUCAAACUGAUGAGAGUGGCACCUAUAAUGGGUGGGGUGUACCUGAUUCUGGGCCAGUUGGCAAUCCAGCUCAGCAUGCCCAAACCAGUGAUAAGGUGUCCCCAUCUGCUCCACCUAUUCCUGAGGAUUUGGAUGGAGCUUCUGUAACAAAUGAUGUGAAAGGUGAGGGCAGUUCUUCCUCAUGUGCGAUAUGUUUUGAUGCUCCAAUAGAGGGAGCUUGCCUCCCCUGUGGCCACAUGGCGGGUUGCAUGGCUUGUUUGAAUGAGAUCAAAGCCAAGAAAGGGGAUUGCCCUGUAUGCCGAGGCAAGAUAAAUUGUGUUGUCAGGCUUUAUGCCGUCUGAUAGGUGAAUAGCUUAUGAUUGGAGCUGGCCUGCAGGUGGGAUUGAUUCAAGAUUUUCACAUAUUCAUCUUAAUAUAUGUGGAUUUAUCAUGAGCUUGUAGCAUAAAUUUAAUGAGGCUAUGUAUAUAAAUAUGUACGGGGCAACAGGGCCAUUGUUGGGCAGUCUGCUUGGUUACAAAACAAGGCAGAGUUUUUUUUUUUUUUUGGUGAGCUUGUAACAUGCAUUUAAUGGGGAACUCUGGAUAUAAGUGUAAGCCACAAGACCCAUGUUGCGAAUGUACUGUAUAGCUAGGGAGGAAGUUCCCAUACUACAAGAAGUGAACGUAGGCCGAAAUUUUAUUGCGCUAAAGUUAAUUUAUUAAAUAAAGUUUUUCUACCUUAAAGAGGUCA